GAACUACUCUAUUCUGACUGAAGUACUCUGUGAUUUUGAAUAUAUCUUUCUUUUCAAUGCAGCACGUGUAGAAAAGAGGACGCCCGAUUUAUCUUAAAAUAUAGUUAGGCCUAAGGAUGCCGUCGGACGCGAAGAAAAGGGCUCAGCAGAAGAAGAAGGAGCAAGCUAGCGGCAGAAACAAGAAGCCGGUGGUUCGUGUGACGAACGAAGACGAAAAUGGUAUCGGAACUAAUGGUAUAUCCAGGGAAGACCGUGAGCUGACGGCAGAAGAGGCAUUGUGCCUUAAGCUAGAAGCUGAAGCGAAAAUGAAUUCUGAAGCUCGUUCUUGUACUGGGUCACUGGCUGUGCACCCUCGUUCUAGAGAUAUCAAGAUAGCUAACUUUUCAAUUACUUUCUAUGGGAGUGAGCUACUUCAAGAUACUCUCCUGGAGUUGAAUUGUGGGCGAAGAUAUGGGCUAGUCGGACUUAAUGGGUGUGGAAAAUCAUCAUUGCUUGCUGCCUUAGGACGCCGUGAGGUUCCUAUUCCGGAACACAUUGACAUAUUCCAUCUGACUCGAGAAAUGCCUGCUUCAGAUAAGACUGCACUUCAGUGCGUCAUGGAGGUUGACGAGGAGAGAGUCAAACUCGAGAAGCUCGCAGAAAUGCUAGCCCACUGUGAAGAUGAUGAAUCACAGGAGCAAUUGAUGGAUGUAUACGAUCGUCUGGACGAUUUGAGCGCCGACACGGCAGAGGCGCGUGCUGCUAAUAUCCUGCAUGGUCUUGGCUUCACCAAGGAAAUGCAGCAGAAGGCAACGAAAGACUUCUCCGGAGGUUGGCGUAUGCGUAUAGCUCUGGCACGAGCGCUAUAUGUUAAGCCGCACUUACUGCUGCUGGACGAGCCAACAAACCAUCUCGAUUUGGACGCCUGUGUGUGGCUUGAAGAAGAACUUAAACACUACAAAAGAAUUUUAGUGUUGAUCUCGCAUUCGCAAGACUUCUUGAACGGUGUAUGCACGAAUAUCGUUCAUAUGAGUAAGCGCCGUUUGAAGUAUUACACUGGUAACUAUGAAGCCUUCGUUAGGACGCGCAUGGAAUUGCUAGAGAAUCAGAUGAAACAGUACAACUGGGAACAAGACCAGAUUGCACAUAUGAAAAACUACAUAGCGAGAUUCGGUCAUGGUUCCGCCAAAUUGGCGCGUCAAGCACAGUCCAAAGAAAAGACGUUAGCCAAAAUGGUGGCACAGGGUCUCACCGAGAAGGUGGUUGAUGACAAGAUACUCAAUUUCUACUUUCCGUCUUGUGGGAAAGUACCGCCACCCGUCAUCAUGGUGCAGAAUGUAUCAUUCAGAUACACUGAUUCUGGGCCGUGGAUAUACAAGAAUUUGGAAUUUGGCAUUGACCUUGAUACAAGACUUGCUUUGGUUGGACCCAAUGGAGCAGGCAAGUCAACGCUACUCAAGCUGCUUUAUGGAGAUUUAGUGCCUUCGACUGGUAUGAUCCGUAAAAACUCACAUCUUCGUAUUGGUCGUUACCACCAACACUUGCACGAGUUGUUGGAUCUCGAUCUGUCUCCACUUGAUUACAUGAUGAAAGAGUUUCCCGAGGUUCGUGAGCGCGAAGAAAUGAGAAAAAUCAUCGGUCGGUAUGGUCUCACUGGGAGGCAGCAGGUGUGUCCCAUGCGUCAGUUAUCCGACGGGCAGCGUUGUCGUGUUGUAUUCGCGUGGUUGGCCUGGCAGACUCCGCACCUGCUGUUAUUGGACGAGCCCACUAACCAUCUUGAUAUGGAAACCAUCGAUGCACUCGCAGACGCCAUUAACGACUUUGACGGUGGCAUGGUGCUCGUUAGUCACGACUUUAGACUUAUUAAUCAGGUGGCGAAUGAAAUUUGGAUCUGUGAGAACGGUACUACCACAAAAUGGGAGGGUGGUAUCCUCAAAUACAAAGAUCACCUGAAAUCUAAGAUAUUGAAGGAUAAUGCGGAUAGCGCCGCUAAAAUACGCAAAUAGUGACUACACAAUAGUAUAAUUAACCCACGUCGCCUCUGUAUCUUUAAUAUACUUGCUGGCUUUUCCUGCAGCUAAAUAUCAAAAAAAAACUGAUAAAAACAAAUUAAAUACAAACAGCCCUUGCCAUUCUCUUCCUCAUAUAUUCAAAUUUGCUGGUUUAUGUGUGCUGUCU